AGCUGGCAGCUGUUUUGAACAACUGCAGCAAAUAUCCCAACACUUAAAUCUCUUUAUAUCCUUUCCCCCUAAUCUAUCUUCUCUAUUUAGAGUAUAAGCACUUCGGGACAGGGACUGUCUCACUGUACAGUGCCUAGCACCAUGAGGCCCUGUUCUUAGCUGGUCCUCCGGCACUGCCAUAACAAACAUGCUAAAUACAUAAUCAAACUGUCUCCUUGCCUUAUUCUAUGUUGGCCUACGUUUUUCUAGUGAUUUGGGGGGACAUAAUUUUUCAGAAGCCCAAUGUGUGAUACCUUCCAAGCACCCACGCUUGGAAAACAGGGGCCCUUUUGGUUGCCUCAAGUUGGGCACCCCAGAUCAACGAAUCGCUUUUGGAAAUAUAGACCAGCUGUAUUUUAAGUGUAUUUACUACCCAACAAAAUACAGACGAACUGAAUGCUGCUGCCAUGUGCCACGUGUACUGCUGAGUUACUCUCCGCAAACCCAGCUGCCGCCUCCGCAACGGCAGGACAAGCUUCUCAACAGUCUGUACCUCUUCUCACGUGAAACUGGCUGAAGCAUGUAAAAGCCCCAAUGGGAAAACAAAGCAAUUCUAAUUCCCGUUAAAGGAGACAGACCUAUACUGCUGAAUGAAGGCCCAACGCUUAGGGUGACCAGAUGUCCCGAUUUUAUAGGGACAGUCCCGAUUUUUGGGCUCCUAUUACCCCCCACCCCUGUCCCGAUUUUUCACACUUGCUGUCUGGUCACCCUACCAACGCUGAAGGGUGUUUUGAGAAUUCAAUGCUAGGUUCGCUCUGCUCCGGAUGAAGUCAACGGGAGCAGAGCGCGGGCUGCCGCCUGCCUGCUUUGGAAAAAAUCUCACCCCUAGAAUGCAAACUCUUCAGCACUUCUAAGCAAGUCCGUGCAGGCAGGGUCAUGAGCGAUGAUGCAUUUCCCUGUAAACUACGCCCUGGGGUGAAGAAUCCCUUCGCUUGACGCACCUCAAACGGAACGUACCUCUGCCAACGCCAUGAUUGCUCCUCGGUGCUUUGCUAGUCUAGCUCUGUGCAGCCUGGUCAUUGCCCAAAGCGGCGGCUCAGUCAAUAGCGUUGAGUAUUUAAGGCCGUUUGUAAAGUACCAGGAGAAAGUGGCUUAUGACAGAGCAGCUUUGGAAUGGAUGCAUCAGAGGGCAAAAAGAGCCACAGAAGAGCAUGAAAAAACCAUCCAGUUCGAAUUCCAAGCCUAUCAGAGGACAUUCAAGCUGAGGUUAAGCAGGGACACGAGUGCUUUCGCCAGAGACUUUGAGAUAACCGGGAAGGCCACCUCAGAGCCUACAGAUGUUUCUUUCAUUUACUCUGGUGUCUUGCAAGACGAGCCUGGAUCUUUCUGCCAUGGUGCCAUCAUCAAUGGCCUUUUCAAAGGGUUUAUCAGAACCAAGAAUGGCACCUACUACGUGGAGGCUCCUGGUGCAUCUGCCAGCAAUGUGACGUCGCCAGGCCAUGCUCUCAUCCACCAUGAAAGCGACAUUGAUUAUUCCAUUUUAGAAGAUCCAGACUCUGCUCCUUUGACAAGGAGAACACAUCAGGUCUUGCAGAAUUUCCAGCAAGAGCUAAAAUUAAAGGGAGAAACCUUGGAGAGGCAGAGAAGGAGUCUGGAUUACUCUAGGACGUCCUGCUUGCUGUACCUUCAAGCCGACUACUUGUUCUACCAAAGAUUUGGCACUAUCGAAGCAGUGAUUGCUCAGAUUGCUAGCUACAUAAAAGCUGUGAAUGCAAUUUACGAAGGUGCAAAUUUUGACGGUAUCAGGCACAUCGACUUCAAAGUGAAAACCCUCAAUAUAAUCCAGGAGAACCAUCCUUCUGGCUCUAUGAAGUCACCUUUCAUCGGCCCAGAAAUGCUGCUGAUGCUGCACUCCGGUUCCAACUGGAAUAGCUAUUGUCUCUCCUACCUCCUCACUGACAGGGAUUACAGCGGAGUUCUUGGGAUUGCUUUUAAUGGACAAGCUGGCGACUUGGGGGGGAUAUGUUCCAAACACAGGAAAUUCCGGGACAAGGAGGUGUCUCUGAACACUGGCUUGAUCACGCUGCAGAAAUAUGGCCAAUAUUUGCCUCCUAGGAUUCUCCAUAUCACUCUGGCCCAUGAACUUGGCCACAGCCUGGGAGCUCCGCACGAUGAGAGUGAGGAGUGCGCCCGUUUCAGCUUCGACACCACGCAUGGGAACUACCUGAUGUUCAGCUACGCCACAGACGGAUGGCAGUACAACAACGACAAAUUCUCCCCGUGCAGCAUUGAAUACAUCGGGAACAUCCUAAGAGCCAAGAAGGACAGGUGCUUUGUUGAAACUGACCGCCCCAUCUGUGGGAAUCAAAUUGUAGAUCCAGGGGAGGAAUGCGACGUGGGCAACAAUGACUCUGACCCUUGCUGCUAUGCUGCCAAGGAGCCAAACGGCAUCCGGUGUAGGCUGAAGCCAGGAGUGCAGUGCAGCUCAAGCCAGGGCCUGUGCUGCAGCCAUGAAUGUGUCUAUAAACUCCAAGGGGAGCUCUGCCACGAGGAGACGGAUUGCACCUUUGAGAGCACCUGCUCUGGGCAAACAGCUGAAUGCGCCGCUCCCCUUCCCAAAGCCAAUUACACUCUCUGCAGCAUGGGGACACGGAUCUGCUUAAAUGGGCUCUGCCUCGGAUCCCUCUGCGUCAAGCACGGCCUGGAGCAAUGCGACUGCGUUAGCACGUCCAGGCGGGAGAAAUGCCACCUCUGCUGCCAGCAGCCAGGCCAAGUGCACACAUGUGCCAGUACAGCCUCUGCUCUGCUGGAGCGUUACUUCAACGGCACACACAUCCCGCUGACCCCCGGCACGCCCUGCAGGGACAGGAUGGGCUACUGCGAUAAGUUUCACGUCUGUCGGCUCGUGGACGAAGACGGACCCAUAGCCAGGGUGAAGAACUCCAUCUUGGAUUUCAUCGAGCUGGAGGAUAUAUCAGCCUGGAUGAAGACACGCUGGUGGGCUGUGCUCUUGAUGAUCCUGACUUUGGCAGCUGUGAUGGCCGGCACCGUCUUCCUCUUCGGAAGGACGCUCGACAGCGAAAAAGGCAAGUAA